CUGUGCUUGGCAGUGACAGCCUCCCGUGUCACUUAUUUACUCGCUUGAGCGUAUUCUGCAAACUUUGUUGGUUUUAAAGGUCACGUCGAGGUAUUUCAACCCCAAAGUGCCUGUUUUGGGAUUAGUUUGACAUAUUUUGGUUUUCGCUUUGGACAGCAAGGUGGACUAUUGGAAUUGCCGUUUAAAAGUUGUUGUCAGAUUCUCUUCGGAGGGGGGGUUGUGUACAUUUCCAAGGGGAGAGUCGCAUGCUUCCCCUGCAUCCUCGUCGUCGGGUCUCUAUGGAGAGUUUGCCCCGGAGGCGCGCACGCUGCCCCUGCACAGCGCCAAGGCCGCCCCGCCGCUCACACUGAAUUCCUCGACCUGGAUACGACGAGGCGACGCACUUAACCUCAUUUGAAUGCCUUUGCAAGGUGUCUGCUGGUUGCUGUGCUGCCGCCAGGGCUUCAGUUUGCUGGGGAGGGAUUAUGGGGAGAAAGAGGAGGAAGAGUCCUUCGAGUUGCGCCAUAAAGACGACCUGACUCCCAAUGGACAGAGUCCAUCUGAGGUGAUUCACGUUUCUCAACCGACUCGUACAACCAAUGGGACAAAUGGAGUGUGUGUGUCAGACGUGGCCGACGAGAUGAGGAGCCUCAUCAUUGAGAAGAACAAAAUGGCUCUGGAGGAAGAACCUGAAAUUCUGGUCAAAGGUUGGCUGCUACGUGAGGUGCGAGGCAACUGGAUCAAGCAGCGACGCUUCUGGUUCGUGCUGAGCCAAGACUCCCUGGACUACUACAGCGGGCCGGAGAAGGGAGCCCGCAGACUGGGGACUCUGGUCCUCACCAGCCUCUGCUCCGUCAUCUGGCCAGACAAGCAGACCUUCAAGGAGACGGGCUUCUGGAGCAUCACGGUGUAUGGGCGGAAGCACUGCUACAGGCUGUUCACCAAGCACUUCAACGAGGCCGUGCACUGGGCCUGCGCCAUCCAGAAAAUCAUUGAUACCAAAGCGCCUGUAGAGACACCAACCCAGCUCCUCAUCCAGGAUAUCGAGGAGAAUAAGUUCAACCCGGAGGCAGUGGAGCACAUCUACCAGCACAACCCCAUCCUGAAGUACACCCAGGGCCCCCUCUACGCCCCUCUGCUGCCCUUCCCCUACGGCAGCCUGGAGCACACAUACCACAACGGCAAAGGCUACGGCUCAUUGCGCGAGGAGGCCGUCAAGCUCUUCUAUUGCCUGCAGCAGCUGGAGUCGUCGCGGGACCCGGUCCCCAUCAUCCAGGGUGUGCUGCAGACCUGCCUGGACCUGCGGCCCCUGCGCGACGAGGUCUACUGCCAGCUGGUCAAGCAGACCAGCCACACGCCCGCCCCCUACACUGCCGCCCACCUGCGCUACUGGCAGCUGCUCACGUGCAUGAGCUGCACCUUCCUGCCUGGAGCCACUGUCCUCAAGUACCUGAGGUUCCACCUCAAGAGGAUCCAGAACCAGAGUCCCGAUUCCGAGAUGGACAACUACGCGUCCUUCAUCAGCGAGGCUCUGGACAAGACCAAGUGUCGUGAGUGUGUGCCGUCGUGGGAGGAGGUCCAGAGGCUGAUGAGCAGGCAGGAGAUGCUGUGCACGGUGCACUACCCUGGACCUGGAUCCUGUCAGCUCUACAUCAGCUCACAUACCACCGCCAACGAGGUGGUGCAGAGGAUGCAGCAGAGGCUCGGCUUGAAAGACAGCAAGAACACGUUCGCCCUGUACGAGCAGAACGCGCUGUGGGAGCAGCCGGUGUCGGGCGGCGCCCUCAUUGCGGACAUCCUCACCAGCAUCUCCAACAAAGAGUCCGAGUCCAAAGGCCAGCUGAAACUCUGCUUCAAGCUCUACUGCCUGCUGGACGCUGACAGCAUCUGUGUGGACAGCAUCGAGUAUCUCUUCCUCUUUGAGCAGUGCCAUGAGAUGGUCGUACGCGGUCAGCUUCCAGCCUGCGAGGAGGAUCUUCAGACGCUGGCGGCCCUCAGGCUCCAGUCCCUCGUGGGGGACUUCAGCAUGCACGCGCCCUGCCCGCCCCUCGACGAACUCUUCCCCGGCCACAUGCUGGAAGCCCGGGUCCUGGUGGCCCUCUCGGCCCCGCAGGCGCUGCCUCCGUGCCAGGUGGGCGCCCCGGCGGGUUGCCCCGCCUCGCAGCGCUUCCCAACGGGGCUCCUGGCGGGGGCACUGUGGAGCCACGCGGCCACGGCGGCCCGCAAGCAGAAGGUGGAGAACGACCUGCGCCUGCGGAGCCGCGUGAAGGAGGAGGCGGCGACCGUCAUGGGGUCCAUCCUGGAGCGUUGGAAAGGUCUGGCGGGGUACAACCGUAGAGACAGUAUGGCCGCCUACCUCGCCAUUGCACGACAGUGGUCUGGCUUUGGAUGCACGCUCUAUGAAGUCAACUUCUAUAUUAGUUCAACGGAGAGCUUCUCCCAGAAGUUGUGGUUGGGGGUGGCGGCCACCAGCGUGUCUUUGUAUCGGCAGGGAGAGGCCGAGGCCUUGGAGUCUUUUCCGUACGGGCAGAUCUGUUCUUACGGCGUGUCCGACAGCAACACCUUCAAGAUCACCGCGGCGGGGGGCCGGGACCUGCUCUUUGAGACCACCAAGCUGAGUGAGAUCAUGCAGCUGAUGAACGCUUACUUCAACGCCGUCCGGCUCCAGCGAGGCAAAGGCGACGACUUCAAAAUCUCAGACAGCACCGACGUCAGCUUCCGGCACACGCCUACGCCCGCCUUUUUGGAGCUGCCCUCGCAUCCCGUCUGACGCGGGCGCCACCGAGCAACCAAUCGCCAUCUUCCUCAUCCUCCUCGUCCUCCUCCUGGACAGGCAGGCCCGUGUGUCGUCCAGGAACUUUGCUGGAAGAGGCUGCUGAGGUGACACACACGACUUCCACGCGUGUCGGCGGCCAUCUUCCUUCUCUCACGCUCACGGCGAGCGUCCAUCCUGUUUCCUUAAGACCUUGCAGUACCUGGAAGUGUCUUGUGCAGCGAGUCAUGUGACCUUGCAAAGUGCAAGCAGACGUUAAGCUAAGUCGUCGUGGCUGCUGUGGGAGCCAGGUUAUUCAGAUGAUGCUGCUGCUGCUGCUGCUGCUGCUGCUGCUUCUUCUUUGGUCUUUUUUUUCCCUGCCCAGCUGACACGACUGAUGACAUCACAGCUCCUCAUCCCCAAACUACAGUCACUUCAUUAGGUACACCGGAAUGAGAGCCAAUACAAAAAUGUCCUCUUUUUAAUCCACAUUUUUUUCAUGGACACAGUCAGAGACGUAUUCAUCUAUUAUUAUUAUCAGACAUUUAUUUAUUUUGCAUGUAUUAUAUAAUACAUAUUUAUUUAUCAUCUCAUCACAUGUGGGCGUAAUAUUACUGUUAUCCUGCUUGUAGUUGGCACUGACAUACUGCAUCUUGUCGCGGCAUAUUAUUCAUUCAUUCAUGACACUGCUACUCAUUCAAAUAAAAAUCAAAGAAAUAAUAAUUAAAAAAUUGAAUGGAUUUAUCUGUUGAAAACUAAUACAAUUAAUAUUAUUAUUUAGAUAAUUCAAUCUCAAAUAUAAAUGAUUUAUAAUCCCUUUAUAAAUCAUUUAGAAGUAUACCGUAUAUUUGUAUUGAUAUUUUAUCUAAAUAAUAUAUUUUUUUUCUGAAUAAAAAAUAUGUUUUUAAUUGGGUCAAUAUAUGAAUGCUAUUAAAAUAAUGAUAAUUCUGUAUCUAUUCAGUAAGAUAUUUUUGUGAUCAUUUCAUGAUAAUUCAAAAAUGUCAUUAUAAUGCAGUGCAGGGACUAAGGUGUUUUUUUUUGCAGUCAAAACUACAAUCAUGAUAAUCCACACGUGGUUAGAUGAAUAUUAUCUUUGUAAAGGCAGACCUUUUGUAUUGGAUCUCAUUAGAUGCUGACGCCCACCCUCUAAUAAGGCCCAGGAUGUUGUAGUAGAAUUUAUACUGUUUUGUUUUUUUUUUUCUCUUAAGUGGUAAUGUCUUAAAUGCAGACCCAUUAGGAUGACAUUGGAGUCCUACCUUUUUUUUUUUGUUUUUUUACUGCUCAGGGGUCGUAUUGACAAACAAUAGGACAGUCCGGUGCAGACUAAAUCCUGGACUUAAGUGAAACAGACUCCCCAUUUGUAACAACACGGCUGUGAAAUCUUCAACGUUGGGGAUUUUCUGGAACCACUAAUUUUUUUAAAACCCCCCCAGCAAUUUCCCCGUGAAAUUGUGACAAACGAUGCUGCAUUUUUGUCCCGUCACAUUCGAUGCCUUUAAGGGUCUUUCCUGCAGACAAGCAACUUCCACUUUAUUAUAUUUUGAGCUUAAUUAAUUGGUUGUUGAAUUGGUUAACAUGUAAUUAUACAUUUUUGUACAAUUUACAAAAAAACGUCUGCUAGUAUCCGAUCACACAGCAAGUUAGGGACAAUAUAUGAUUUGUGGAUAUGACCCCAAUAUAAAAAUCCUGUCCUUUUUUUUCAUCUUUUUUUUUUUUUGUCUAAAGCCAAAGUUUUACCAUAAGUGGGUUUCCACAUGGACCAAAGAUAUUUUUUCAUGUAAAAAAAAAAAAAAAAAAAGCCCCUAGUUUUCUAUUGAACACUUUAAUUGCAUUAAAUAGGACAAUGCUUAUUUGUGGAGCUCUAAUGGUGCACUACCACCACAUGUGAUUCAGAUCUUGUCACGCUUCUUCUUGGCUUCUUUUCCGACUGCAGCUGCAGGCAGCUCCGGGAUUGCGUGUUGUUGCAAAAACAAACAAAAAAAACACCCCACAAAGUCAGUUUUUGUUUUAUACAAAGCUUGUAUGCUGCAUGGUACCUCUUUGUUAUCUAACGUGUGUGUGUCUAUAGUUUAUUGCACUAUUUUCUUUUUUUAAACUAACUUGAAAGUGCAAUAAAACAAAUACUGUAUGUAAGUAAUAAUAAAAACACCAUUUUAUCAGAUGUUGAAGGAUUGUUGAUUGUUUAAGGCACCGUUGUUAUAAAAGGUCAAUGACUGGCACCAGCAGGAAGGUUGAAAGUUAUCUCCCCCCUUGCGCUACAAAAAAAAUACACAAAAUACUAGAAAAUGCCUUUAUUUCACUUUUUUUUUUUACAUUUUAAAUAGGUCCAUCAAGCAAAGUAACUAUGAAACCUUUUAACACUCACUGGACACUUCAUUAGGUACACCUGCACAUCCAAUGAUCCAUAAAAAUGUGUAUUUUCAUUUUUAACUUCAAUUAGCUGCACGAGAGGGUGAAAAUACAGUAUUAGAAACAGCCAAAUAUAUUUUUCUGGUAUCAGUUGACCUAAUGAAAUGUCAUUUGAGUGUAUGUGUGUUUAUAAUCACUGUCAGUGCAGAUUACCUGUGAACCUGGUCUUAUUUUAUUUAAAUAAAAAAUACAUUGUUCAAGCAUGGACACCCAUCAUGCAUCACCUCAACCCCACGUCUUGACCUGAGGCUACGCUUUUUGAUAGGCUGCAGACGGUUCACAAGCCAUCGGGAGCACACAAAAAAAUAUGGAAAUGAACAAAAAUGGGCAACAAAACCGGGAAACUCCACUACUACUGUUUAGCAUAAAAGACAUGUUAUAUUCAAGGUUGUGGUCUACAUUACUGUGCAAAAUGCUCUAAGACCUGUAUGAGUCCUCUUAUCCGCUGUUUUCCUGCAUGAUUGCUGUGGAAAAGGUCAUUAAAGCGACAAAGCUAGGGGUGCACAGUGCUGCACGUGUGAAUACAACAAGGAGGAGGAAGAGGAGUUACUGUUCCUGCGUGCCCCAGGAGAUGUAGUCGGGCCGGGUGGCGGCGCUGUACUCAUCCACCAGCUGCUGCACCACCUCGCGGGAGUUGUCCAGCUCGUCAAAGUUGUCCUUGAAGAUGUCCUCCUUGCGGAACUGCUCCAGGAAGGCCUCACGUUUGCGCAGCUUGUCGUACUGACGGCACGUACGCUCGAACAGCUGCAAGGAGGAAAGACGGACAGAGUGACGUGACGUCCGCAGGGAGGAAAUAAACUAAGUGGAGCUUCAUGGAAUCGUCUAGAUGUUUCCUGCAGACGGGAAAAGGGGAAAAAGUCUGCUAACACUUACAGAGGAGAUGCUGGUGUGAUUGGCCAUCAUGAGGCCGCUGACUCUGUGGGCUGAUGGCAGGUAGGGGGACUUCCUGGACAGCGCCACCUGGAUGCUGGCAGGACCCCACGGGAUGAAGCUGGCCAGUUUGCGCUCACGGAUCCUUUGGAGGCUUUUGUGCACCUGUUAAAUCAAUCAAUAAUGUUAAAACGUUGUAGAAGACGAAGAAUAUGCUUGGUGGUACCUGAGUGGGGUCCACCUCCCCCUGGAUGAUGUUGAGGAUGGCGAUGUAGCAGUGGCUGGGCUGGCGCUCUCUGCCCGUGGACACCAUCACGUUCUUGGGCUGCAGGAGCCUCCUCAUCACGUCCAGCACGGUGGUCUUCCUCACGCUGGCCACC